CAGCGCCACCUCAGCGGAGCCCCAUGCCUCGCUCCCCCAAUAACUUCACCCCAUUACUGUCUCCCUCCCCUGCUCUGCGAUUGCAUUUGUGGUGCUGCGUUCCUCCUCUACCUAUACCUAACCAACCCCGACGUCACAGACUCCCACAGCUCCGGCCCCCAAACCAAAACCCUAUAAACCGUCUGGUCUGGCCUCUCCCCACCCCACCCAAAGGUUGCAGAUUCCGGUGUGGCAAUGGCGAGGGCCCCGACCAUGGUCGUCCAGGACGACUACAUCGACAUGGACCUCUCCGCCUCCUCGCCCAAAUGCGCGCUCCUCGAGUUCGAGUUCCAGAGCGCCGGCGGGGGCGGCGCUGGUGUGUCCAGGCGUAGGGAGGAGGCGGCCUACGCGUCGCCGGCGGACGAGCUGUUCUACAGGGGCAAGCUCCUGCCGCUGCACUUGCCCCCGCGGCUGCAGCUCGUGCAGAAGCUGCUGCAGGAGCAGCAGGUGAAUGUGCCGGAGAUCAAGCCGGCGGCCGUAGCGGCGGCGCCGCCUAGUGUGAGCGCGAGCGCGGGCGCGGAUGUGGAGGACGGCGGCGACGGCAAGGCGGGCGCCAAGAGGUACUCUUGGUCCAAGAGGCUGAAGCUGAUGAAGCGGUGGACGUCGAGGGAGUACAUCAAGUCCCUCUUCCUCGCCAAGGCAGGGGACCUCGGCAUCGGCAAUGGCGGCUGCGGGAGGGAGCGGGCGAGCCUGCUGGACCAAGACGAGCUCUGCAGCCACCGCAGGUCCUUCUCCGGCAUCAUCCGGAGGGUGCGCCUGGUGGUGGCGACGAAGGCGGCCGCAACGGCGCCGCCGGGGACCUCGCCGCUCUGCUCGUCGUCCGCCUCGUCCUCCUCCUCGUCGACGCCGUCCUGCGGCAACGCGGAGCGGUUCUUCCUCCGGCCGAGGGCGGCGACGAUGCCGGUGCUGAAGCGGAGCAGCAGCGCCGGGUCGGAGGAGGGGGCCAUCCAGGGCGCCAUUGCCCACUGCAAGCGGUCUCACCAGCAGCUGCUGCAGCAGGGGAGGAAGAGCGCCAGCGGCGUGGUGUUCUACUCCGUGGCCAACACCCCCAGGAUCUCCACCUCCGCCGUGGCCGUCGCCGCCGCCGCCGCCAACGAAUCCUCGCAAGAGAGGCAGGAGAUGUGCAGGGGAUGAGCCUCGAAUGUUUUCUUUUAUUUUUUCUCCCUUCUUUCUUUCUGCUUUUGUGGGGGGAAAUGUUUGUGAAGAUGAGCAAUGUGCCUGUGAAUUAUUUGUGAGGAAUCAAGAACUUCUCUUUGAUUU